GCCCUACAAGGAGGCGUGAAGGAAUCCUUAUAGCCUGUUUAAUUCGCCGACGGAUAGUCCGCAGGGGUUGAUUGGGGGCUAUCAGCUACCAACUCGCUCGGAAUGUAUCGCCCCCAUUAUCCACAGUUAAACAGGCUGUACAUCUAGCUGAGUGCGCCUGGAAGCCUAUGUUAUACCAGCGGACUCCUCGGAUUCGGUCCUAAGUAACAGCUAUUCUUCCUCUCUCUGCCACCAGCGUCGCCUUUAUUCUGAAACACUUGCGCUUGUUUCCUUGUCACUGCCAUGGUCCCUCUCAAGGUCUUCUGGAACGAAUCGCAUAGACUCUGCCUGGUCAUCUUGUCCUGUGUUUUUUUGGUCAACUUUGCUUGCAAUGCCAUCAGCAUUACCUCGAGUUCAGUCGAUCUUGAUAGCAUUGCGGUGUUCGUGUUGGCAAAUAUAGUCGUCACCUUUGCGUUUCCUGUCAACCUCUGCCUCUACACACUACUAUACAAACUCGACAAACCAAUUAUCGACGGCCGCGUGGGAAUCUACUUCCGGCAGAAAGUGAUCUGUGUUACCAUCGGCUGCGUCCUAAAUCUAGCGGCCUUUGGCGCCUUUGUAGGCCUGGUUAUUCGGAUCUAUUACUGUGACAUGAAGGAGGCUGUCAAAUGGACAAGCAUCACGACAUUGAGUAUCGGGGGUUUGAUCACUUUUGUCGUAGUUAUCGUCGACUUGCUCAAACUGCUCAGUCUCGACCUGAGAGAGAAGAAGCGCUUUGAAGAGGUGCAAGUAGAUAUCGGUAACUUGAGGCUGGAAGGUGAGGACGAGAUAGGCGAGGACGAGAUAGGCGAGGACGAGAUAGACGAGGACGACGCAGGCGAGGACGACUCUAUACUUAUCGAAGUUUAAGGCUCCGAGGUGAUUUAGUCCGAGCCUCGUACAACAUCAUGCCGAAGAGAGGAAUAUUUCUAGUUCAUGAUGCCAAUCAAUUUUGAGCUAGUGAACUGAGGUUUAGGCCGCGCAAGCUCAUCUGCUCAGCAGCACCCAGCCACCGCCCAUCUGCAUUCAGCUUCUACCCACCGGCGCUAAACCACUGCUAACCGGUGGUUGGGGCGGCCGGCUCUCCCGUGCAAGGAUCUGAAGAUCUCGGAAAAAAUAAGAGCGCGAUUGAUUGAUUGAUUGAUUGAUUAAUUCUAACGUACUACCGUUAUAAGCCCCAUAGGGGCUUCUCUCGGGUUGUUCUAUGGAAAAUCACGCACGCUAGUCCAAAUAUAACUCCCAUCUCAAAAUUAGAUACAGCUAAGGCUAUCUCAAAGCUCAAAACUCAGUGUCAGGCUGGAGCAUGAGCAGCUCAGUUCCCUGUACGGGAAAGGGAAUUGCUUGGGUGCACAUUGGG